AUGGCUGUGGUACUAAAAGGCUUGGACCUUGAAGACUAUCACCUUGAUACUAAGGAGCUUUUCUCCAGCUGGGAAGGUAGUGGAAAGGCACCUCAAUUGCCAAAUUCAACCCAACCCGAUCCAUUGGAUGCCUUACAGCCACCCUCAAAAGACCCACUACAGGACAACAACCCGGCCCCAUUGCUUGCCAGGGAGAUGCCACACAAAGGACAUCAACAAACCCACCAGAAGAAGACGGCCACACCACACAUCAACCCUUCUCCAAUUAAAACAAAACCUCUCCCUCCGCCUGGCCCACAACUUGAUCCCAAUCCACUUGGACGACCCAGAACCAGAAUCGUCUAUAACCCUGGUGCACCGGCCAUCCAAGUCACUAGCAGGAAUGAUUCAUCCACAUUGGCAGAUGAAAAAGGGCUUGGCCCCCCUGGUAUGGCAAUGGCUAGUGUGCGGGAAAUGCAGACCAUGCUACGAAUAUCAUCUAAACUACUGUUGCAGAACUAUGCUGUUGUCACUGUCUAUUGUACUCGACUUGAAGAGCAGAUCAACUGUUCAUUGCAGGCCGGAGUUUUGGAGGGCAUCAAAGUCAUCGACCUUACCCAGGAAGAAUACAACACUGCAAUAGAGCCAAUAGAGCCAUGGAGGCAAGAGAAAUGCCUUAAAAGACCAUCCUCCAGUCAGUACUAUACAACCUUACUCCAAGAGAUUGAGACAUGGCUUUACUUACCCAGGAUAAUGGAUAAAUCCCUCUCCUCUAGCCCCAGCAGGAAAGGGCAAUUCACCUGCCUCGAUGGAAAAUGGAGACAGCCCAGUAAUGCAGAAGAGAAGCAGAUCGACCCCAACCACUUCAUCAAAAUGGCCAGUCCUUGUGGCAGUCACACCCACACCACUCGCACCGCCUCUACUAUACUAUCAAAUCCAAAGCAGUUGGUUGAUGAUGGGGAGAAAGCACCCAAAGCCUCUAGCACAAGUCCAGCCCUCAACUGCCAAGAGAUCAACAAAUCCUGGGAGACUCCACCUACUGAGGAAGCAUCAACUUGGCACAAGGCAACUGCUCUCCUCUCGGAUCCCGAUUGUGCUGCACCCAAUCCCUCCAGCCAGGCCAACACACCUAACCUGGACAUCACUAGUAGGCAGGAAACAACAGUAGCCAAACUGUUUAAUUCCCCUUCGCCCAGGAACUCAGCAGACAAUGGCAUCAGGGCCACUCCGAACACAUCCACCAACUGCCGCUCUGAUGGACACCAGAGGGAACCAAAGCCUGCAUCUGACAGUACCGACCCCAUCCGAUCCCCUUCACCAAAGUCCAGCACUCAGAGUUCGGAUUCUAUAUUAUCAUCAAUGUCCGAAAAAGCUCCUCCCAGCCAUGAAGAACAAUGUCAACAACCUACACCUGAGGAGCUGAAUGGAAACUCGAAACCAAGCCCUGACAAGCCUGCCAAAACCACACCAAUUUCAUCAAACACGAAAACUGCACUGGCCGAGCAAAAGAAGAAGGACAAGGCGGAGAGGGCUGCAGCUAAAAGAAAGGCUAGACUAGCAUGCAAUCACAGGAUUGUACCAGAAACUGGGGCUCUGAUGUCAAAAGUGUGGCCAGCAUUGUCAUGUGAACUGAUGAAGGAGAGCCAUGGAAAGAUGCAGAAGGACUCGAAAAAUCCUCGGUGGGACUAUGGCCCGCAACUCAUGGGCUUAGUAGCGGAUAUCAUCGACUGGUCUGCCUUGGAUCUGCACCGUACUGCAUAUUACACCGACUUUCUUUCUUUCACUGCUUCAGCGGAAGCUAUUGCAGCAUUCAGUGUCAUCCUGGAUCCAAACUUCUACCUCUGUUUAAUCCAGUGCCCAAGGCUUAUUCAAGUGGCUUCGAAUGAUCCUUUCUUCCAGCAAGAGGUGAUUAGGAUGGAUCUCAUCAAGCAGGCAUUUGAAUCAAAGGAUGAAGUCAAGGCGGUAUCGUGGAAGACCCUGUACCAGAUGAUGAUUCGGACGAAUGAUACUCCCGAAUACACCGAUAAUGAGGAGGCACAGGCCAUGUUUGCCUCGGCGUUCCGCAAACUGCACUCCCUGGCAAAAUCCAGCUACAGUUUAUUCCACCAGUUUAUCCGCAUGCCCGAACCCCUCUGGCCUGACUCCAACAAACCGAAGCGGGACCCCCUCAUGCUUGCUGGGAUAUUCAUCAUCGGAAAGAUCAAAGUUUUGGAGGCAGGUGCAACUGGCCCGACUUUGCAAGAUGCUGUCUGCCACCCCCACGAGACUGAAAUGCCGACUAAAGACUCCAAUAAACCGCGGAAAGCCAAGGUGGCCAAUGGACUUUUAGUGUUACAGAAACGGAUCUGGGAAACACUUUUGUGCUGCCUCAUGAUGCUACACUCUCAAUGCUCGGCUGAUCUUGCAGACUCUAAAGUGCCUGGACCAAAGCCCAAAUGGACCAAAGAGGAAGCAGAGAGGCUGAAGAAAUACGACCAUGGUUUAAGCCUAUUCGAUGAUGGAGAUCUGUCGAAUGCAACUCCGAAUGACAAGAAGCGUUGGAGCAAGAUGCGACUGUCGGCGUUUGGCUCUAUGGCGGUAUUUCUCCUGUAUGGCGUGGCGGGCUGGUGGCAUUGUCUAGUCGAUUCACAUAACUUUAACAAGUCAGAUGUGUGGGCACUUAUGCACCUAGCACAUGCAAAACACAAGUGGCUUUACGUUUCUGGACAAUACACGAAAAGAGAACCGGCAGAUACACCAUGGUACACGCUUGACAGUUUUAUACGAUGGCUCUUAUACACAAGUGGUAUUGGAUCUAAAGACCCCCACACAAUUGAUUGGCAUGCGACGUUGGACUCCUGGGCUACACACCUGAACAAUAUUCAAAUAGCACGAUUUGCCUUACAAGACAUUCUGGAAGAAGUUAGCAAGGGCCAAGCUGAUCGACAAACAUCCAAUUAUAACGGAGAUGUAGCCCCCGAUGUCAAAUUGAACAAAGCUCAACAAGCCAGUGCCAACGACCUGCAAUCAACAGUUGCCACCAGUUGGCAAGAAACUAGUACGAUGCAUGCUAACACCUUGCAGUCUGGAUACGACUCAAAAGUGAAGAGUCAAGCUCCAACUCCGAGAAUCAGCCCUGCUCCGAAUCUCUGCAAUCCCAGUUACCAGACUUGA